AUCUUCUUUUUCCGUUCCCUAUCAAUCAAACAAUAUGAGCUGCACUAAAAAUGCCCUCGGCCAAACGAGGGAGCGGCGUAGGGUAACUUGGGGGGUGGAAACUGCGGGAUCUGUAGGCCGACUAAAGAUUGGAAACCUUGUACUGAGGGGAGGGAAAAUAUGUCGGCGCUUUUGCUAAAGGAAAUUUCUGGAAAAUCAAGGACGAGAAAUAGAAGCAAGGCCCUGAUUCUUUUUUUAUCUUCUCCGGCUGAGGCGCGAGGGGAGGGAUAGGCAGCUGUCCUUAGCUUGAUUGAUAGACUCGAGUGGGCUGGUUUUUUAUUACUAUUAAAGGGACAGUGUGAUUUUUCAAAAUAAAAAAAUAUAUACAUUUAGCGGACCAGCUAACUGGAAACCAUGGUUUUACAGCUUUGUAUUUUAAAGUUGACUGGCAGGCUAGUGUUGUUUUCACUAGCAAGAUGUAGACUUCUAGCCUGUCAUGGUGUAGCUUAGCCAACUUUGUGCUUAUUGUAUAUUUGGUGGUAACGUUAGUGCGCGACGGAAGAGAAACAUGGCGGAUAUUUGCAGUUUGCUACUUUGCAUUUUAUUUUGGUCCCAGCGCAACGAAUUAAGUGGCCAGCUAACCAUUUGCUUAUGACCGUUAACUUAGAUGAGAUCCAAGCAAUCUGCUGAUCGAAAAAUAAUGUUGGGUGUCGUGUUUGCGUAGUAACAUUUAGAAAACUAGCGUGCUUAAAUAAAAACAAUGCGUUAGCUGAAAUUUCCCAUUCUGAACGGGUGUCCAGAUGCAGUUCGCGGUAUUUGCUUCGCUCCAUAGGUAUCAAUGUUGGGUAAAUUAGUUGACUAGCGUUGGCGAACUAGCGAUUCUGAAGGUUUCAUGGGCGUGUUUCCACAACAAGGCAUGAAGAAAUGGGUCAGAAACAACUAGUGUAUUUACAAAAAUAUAAGUUAGGUAGUGAACGGUGCACAUUUGUUAUAUGUGUUGCUUGCUAACAACCUCCUUCGACCACCCAAAUUUUUGUAAAGCUGCCCACUUCGCAGCAGUUUUAAGUUGGCUAACGUUAGAAGCUAGUUGGCUGAAAUAGGAGGCUAAUUUUAGGUACAUGAUAUGGGUUCGGAUAUUAGUUAUAGUUUAGUAUAUGUAGCCAACUAGACUGAAUGAAUCAUUCUGAUAAAAUCGGUGAGUCUACGUUAACUGGGACUGGCUUCAACGCAACGUUAAGUUACCCUAGCCGCCCAAAAUGCCUAACUACCCAUGGUUUUACCUAGCUAAUGUAAUUGUGAAGUUACGGAUCCAUUUCGAUUUGAUCACAGAACUAGCUGGAGUUAGCUUGUUACGUUACACACUACACUUGAAUGGCCGAUUUCCUUUCAAAAGUGUAAAAAGUAUAUUUACUACGCCUAGGCUCUAACUUGCAGAGCCGGAUGCUUUCACGUGUGCUUGCCGUUCUGCCUCCUCCACUGUGAUAUCGUAAUAAAUAUGACUCUUUCAUUGUGAAGUUGUGUAUUUGAGAGCCUGUCAUUAUAUUAAAUAAAUCAAUCGCUGAUAAACAUAUGUUAUUACUGGAUGGAGUGGUUUUAACAUUUCAUUACUUCUAAUAUUGUCCUUGAAUGCACUUUACAAAGGGAAUGCAAAUUUAGGAAUCUGAAAGUGUCCUAGUAAAAUGAAAACUUCCCCUUUUGCAGCUCACGUAUACAUGACAUUUUUGUAGACUUUCUGAUCAAGUUUCAACGUUCUUAGUAAUAUUGUGAUCGUUGUAAUUACUGCAUAUUUAUAUGUUAAUAAAUGGAUGAAGGAAUGUAGAUCCAUUAUAUAGUGGCAUCACAAUUUGCAUGUUUCGAGAUGCUUGUGCAUCACAUAGUCAUUGUAGCCUGCAGUAGGUUUUGGAUAAGAAUGGCAAGCGAGAAAGAGAGGGGGAGGCUGGGGGGGUCCUGAACAGCAGGCUGGUCAUUCUAGCCAGGUCUUCAGAUGGCAAAUUUUUCAAGAGACUGAUUUAGAACAUUAGUGCAGUGAUGCACACUCUAGCUAUGAGUUUCCUAAGUUCUUACACAGUUACGUGGCCACAACCUCCUUCCCCCUCCCACUCGUAGUCCAUCCUGUGUUACAUUCAAAACGGCAAUAAAUAAUCCUGUACUUGUAAACACUUCAGUGGAGAGCAGUAUUUAUUCAGACUUGCACAUUUGUCUGUGUGCGUCCACCUGCAUGUAAACAUGAAUGUGUGUGAAUGUGUGCAUGUGUCUGUGUGUAAAUGUCUCUUUACAGGAUUGCCGCUGUCUCCCAACUCUAUAAUGCUUCAGCACCCUCAGAAUUUGCAGUAACCAUGAUGGAAGCUCAGUCGGUGACCAUUGAGGAGUACCAGGAGGGAGAGCAGAUGCAAGUCGUGGAGCAGCAGACGGACAGCAAUCCAGACCUGAGGUUUCCGGAAGGGACUGCAGCGGGCGCCAGCAGCCCUCCUCCUCCUGAUUCGCGGACACCUAUGGAUGCCGACAAGGAGGUGAUCUACAGGCACCCCCUGUUCCCUCUCCUGGCGCUGCUCUUUGAGAAGUGUGAACAGUCCACACAGGGCUCGGACUGUGUCACCUCUGCCAGCUUCGACGUGGACAUCGAGAACUUUGUCCGCAGCCAGGAAAAAGAGGGCAAGGCCUUCUUCAGCGAUGACCCCGAAGUGGACAACCUGAUGGUGAAGGCCAUCCAGGUGCUGCGCAUCCACCUGCUGGAGCUGGAGAAGGUGAGCGACCUGUGCAAGGACUUCUGCAGCCGCUACAUCGCCUGCCUCAAGACCAAGAUGAACAGCGAGACCCUGCUCAGCGGAGAGCCUGGCAGCCCCUACUCACCUGUGCAGACACAGACUUCUUCCUCUUUCACAGGGACGUUCAGCCCCCAGGGGAUUGUGGUGCCAGCCUCAGCUCUGCAGCAAGGGAACGUCACCUUGACGACCGUUAACCCAACCCAGGUGGUGGCAGGUGGCACUGUGUACCAGCCUGUCACGGUUGUCACUCCACAGGGACAGGUAGUGACGCAGGCACUCUCUCCCGGGACGAUACGCAUCCAGAACACACAACUCCAGCUGCAGCUGAGCCAGGACCUGAGCUUCUUUAACCAUGACGACAGCUCGUCCAAGAACAAGCGCGGAGUCCUGCCCAAACAGGCCACCAACGUCAUGCGCUCCUGGCUGUUCCAGCACAUCGGGCACCCCUAUCCUACAGAGGAUGAGAAGAAACAGCUCGCUACCCAGACUAACCUCACCCUGCUACAAGUCAACAACUGGUUCAUUAACGCCCGGAGGCGGAUCCUGCAGCCCAUGCUGGAUGCCAGCUCUGCAGAGACGCCCAAAACCAAGAAGAAGACCCCACAGAACCGCCCUCUUCAGCGCUUCUGGCCCGACUCCAUCGCCUCGGGCGUGCCCCAGCAACAGGUCACCAUGGCCGACGGCACCAUGGUGACGGUGAGCAUGGACGGACUGCAGACGCUGUCGUCAGACGGCGCGACGCUGGCGGUGCAGCAGGUGAUGAUAGGAGGGCACAGCGAGGACGAGUCGGGGGACAGCGGGGAGGAGGACGACGGGGACCUGUCCGCCUCUAACAUGGCCGAGCUGGGCCUGGAUACCAGUGACUCACUGCAGUAGGACUGGAACCUGAGACGCACGGUCGGCACAUACAGUACGCACUGAAGCACAUGCGUGUACACAGUCUCACGCACACACACACACACACGUACUCAAUCGCUGGCUCACUCACCCACACAAUCCGUACACUGCAGACACACACAAAAAACACACACGCUUGCACGCGCGUG